AUGUCUGAUGAGCAAAGGCUGUCGCUAUUGGCAGCAAACAAAGACGCUGAUCUCGAACCUGAUACCGACUUGGAGCGGUCGGGGGGCACUUCCUCUGCUGAUCCCACUACAUCCUUAAACCCAUCUACAUCUUCCCCAGAGCCCGAACCCCAGGGAACCCGCUGGGCCCCGUGGCAUCCUCAGACAUGGAAAGAUUCGGUCAAGAGCUUCUUUUCUGCAUUGGUUCUGGGUCCUGCGUAUCCUAGGGACGACCCACCUCGACCCAUCUCUAAGCUCAGACCGCUAGAGCUUCUUCCAGAUAGAUUCCGGCAAAAAACUUCUCCCAAUGUUCGAAUCAUCGCUUUAUUGCUAUACGUGCUUGUGUGGGUAGCUAUUUGGGCACGAGUGCUACUUCCGUACUUCACUGAGGUGCCCCAAGUAAGUGGUGAUCCAGACGCCUCGGCGAUCUCUCUUACUUGUGAAGGUGCAGUGGACUUCUGGAAGGGGAAAAACGCUGCAUGUGGACUAGAUGCCCAUCUUUGCCCAAAACUUCCUGAAGAUGAGGAUGUGAUCAUCAGAUGUCCUGCUCUUUGUGAUAGGGGCAGCUGGCUCUACUCCCUGAGGGCAGUAGGGGACCAGAUGAUCAAGUACAGGGGUUUUUUUGUGGGUGGAGGAAGCAAAGAUAGUGGAAAAGAUGGUGCUAUCACACACCCUUAUAGAGCGGACUCAUUUCCUUGUGGGGCUGGCGUCCACGCAGGGAUCAUUUCUCCUUUCUUUGGUGGUUGCGCUAGAGCUUCAUUCAAAAGCGGGCCACAAACCUCGUUUGAAGCGACUAAAGGCAAGUACGGCGUUUCCGACUCUAUUGCAUUUAAAUCGUUUUUCCCAUCCUCAUACGUGUUUAAGGACAUCGACGCCUCGGUGUCGCAUUGCAAAGACCCCAGGCUCGUUGUGUUGAUCAUGAACGUUGUCCUUGGCAUACCAUUGGUCAUAUUGGGCUCAUCUGCUGUUUUUAUAUGGGGCCUCAUGUCUGUGGGAUUCUGGACCAUUAGCUUGGCCACCGAUCCGCCUACACUUGUAGACCCUGCUCGUCUGGAGACCUUCUACGAAUUGAUCUCGCUCAGCUUGGGCCGAUUUUUGCCAACUUGCUUCGUAAUGUACUUUUUGUGGAAGGUGAGUAUAAAGCGAACUUUCAGUAAGCCACAAGAAGAAAGAGAAGCUCCCAUUUCUCCCAUGGAGCCUUCAAGCUCACCAAUGUCAAGACUCAUAUUUUGGUACCCAUUUUUUUGGCUAGGUAUACUCAACAACAUAACCUUCGAUAGAUUGCCUGUCGAUAGGCUUACAUGGAAAGAUCUUCAGAAUCAACCUGGCGCCCUUCUCACAGUAUCGAUCUUUUCAGUGAUAAUUCUUGUUUGUGUAAUUACUCAGGCAUAUGCUGUAUGGCUUUCAGGACGAUUCAACAGACUCAUCAAGAUCUACAUUCUAAUGAUUGCUGCAUUGUUCCUUUUAGCAUGGAUACCUGGACUCACUCUUCGUAUCCACCACUACAUUUUCGCCUUGAUUUUCAUCCCUGGUUGCUCUACAAGAGGCCGCACCGCAUAUGUGUUCCAAGGGAUUUUACUUGGUCUCUUCCUCUCCGGUGUUGCUCGCUGGGGCUACGCCUCUAUCGCUGAGACAAACGUGUCGCUUUUACGUGGUGAGCCCGAGGGAAAUAUCACGCCGCCAAUGAUCUUCGAUGUGAAUCCUGACAAAGGCAUGCUCUACUGGGAAGACAGCUUCCCAGAGGCCACGGAGGAAGAAAAUGCCGUCGUAGGACAGGAGCUUACAAGAUACACGCAUGUAUCACUCUUGAUCAAUGAUGUCGAGAGAUAUUUGGAUGAGAAUCAAGGAAGCCUCAACAUGACACAACUUAUCAGCACCAAUGAAUUCCUCAAUGAUCUUGUUAAGAUGGCUACACAAGAUGAGGAGGAGAUCGACCUCUACUUAAGAAUCGCAAGAUACGACCCACUGAGCAAGAAACACGGAGACUAUACAAAAGCUUACAUCCUCUCGUAUCCCGGAUUCAAUCUUACCAUGGCAGCCGCUGGAGUGACUUAA